AUGAAAUGGGUCGCUGAGUCGUCUCCGGCGGCUGUCACCCGGCAGAGUGGAAAAACGGCGACUUUGCGGCUCUCCGGCGGCUGUCACCCGACGGAGAGGAGCUGGAUGGAGGUGGGGCGCGUGUCAGGGAGCUUCAUCCUCAGGUCCGCGCAGCAAGAGGAGGCUCUUCAUCGCAUCUGGUACGCUCUCAGGAGGUGGCGACUCGUCUCCCGGCGGAUCGUCCUCUUCCCGACGACGGCUUGUUUGUCGAUCAAUCGGAGAUGAUUUACUCGAUGGAUUCACGAUCCUUUUAUCGCAAAUCGUUUAGCAAUUUUAGUAGAAAUGCUCCGCGAAUCGCGUUGAUGAGAUUUUUGCCGAUGAUCCAGCGAUUCUCGUUGCUUAAUCCUUCACCGGCGAUCUGCAGGAAAGUCGCGAUAAUCAGAUAAAAAUAUAUGAAUUUUGACUCUGGGAGGAUUCGAACCUGCGCCGGUCGCCCGCCUCUUCUGAGGAAGGUGUGACGGGGGUUUAGUCCCACAUCGGUUGUGCGCUGAUUUUUCGGACGAAUGUAUAGUAAUGUUAGCUUUGUAAGCAAAGUCUCUUCUCUUGCGUGUACGACCACUCCUUGCCCCACAGCCGGCUGGCCACCGGUGACGUGGAAGGGGAGUGGCGUACACGUGCCCUAUCAGUCCCCAAGCCAAGCUGCUCGAGCCCCUGCUCGCGGCUACUCCCCGACUGCGCUUCCGACCCGCUUGUGGGCCCGGCUGGCCGGCGGGUCCCCCCAUUUUUGCAAUAUUUUUAUUUUUAUUUCUUGUUCUUCAUUUAUCUCGAAAGUAAGACUGUAAAAAUCGUAUAAAAUCACAUAAUUACCCAAAAAUUCACGUUAAUCAACUUAAAACCACAAAUCAUUUUUUAACACAAAUAUAAGUCUAUUUAUCAUGAGUUAACGCUAAAACUAUAUUAUUUACUAAUUAUUAACUCAUGAUAAUGAAGACUUAACAGGCAAUCCAUGAAAAUUAGAGAGUAUUUGAAAAAUUCUUAAAUUUAUUUCGAAUUUAAUAGUGAAUGCUAAUGGGACUCUAAUAUUGGACGGUCUUUGAAAUGAAUUAGGGAUAUAAUGAUUUUUCAUUACCAUAGGAUUGUUUUCAGUUUGACCUAUACUUCAUUCAAGAUCCAUCAAAAUUAAUUUUUCUUUUUAAUUUUUAGUUUUUAAUAAAAUAAUGAAAGAAUUUUCUAGCCUUAGAUGCAAGGAUCUUCUACCAUGCAUAAAAAAUUAAUAAAUUUGAAGAAAAAGUUUAAUAAUUGUUAUCCUCCUUCAGUAUGCUCUAGUCCUUGCCUUGUUUUUCUUCGUUCCUCUUUUUUUUUUUUUGGCAAGAAGAAAGUAAAACAAGAGUUAAUUUUUUUUGUGUACCCUAAGAGAAAAAUAAAAAAAAUACUAAAUAUUAUGCAAUAUAUCUCCGGCAAUGAUACUAAAAUUUGACGUGACUUUGUUGUUAUAUAGUAAAUCAUGCAAAUUUAAAAUUUAUAAAACUAGAAAAUACCAAUUUUCAAAUAUUUAGAAGUAUUUCUGAACAAAUAUAUCAAUUAUAAUUCAAUCAAACUUCUAAAAAUAAUGAUAAUUUUCCAAGUCGAUCACAGGGAUGUAAUAUAAUAUUAGGUAAUUAUUUAAAAUUUUACUCAAAGAAUACAAUUUUGUUUAUGAAUUUUAUAUUAGGAAACAAAUAUAAAAUAUAUUUAACAUUUUCGAAAAAGGGAAAUAAGGGUACGGACAUCAAAAUGACGUCAGCACCCAACGAACGCGAAUCGGGCAGAAACAAAGUUCCACCUAGUGAUUCUUACAUAAGCGAUUACAAAUGAUUUAAUUGAUCAUAUUAAGAUUUGUAAAAACUAGAAGAAUCUUAAUUGAAUGAAGUAUAGCUUGGUAAAUUUAAAUCACACAAAUUAUCACUAAAUGAAGUAAAAAUUAAGUUGAAAGUAGGAAAAUAAAAUUUUAGCAUCGCGGCAGCAAUGCGUCGGCGAUGCGCUAGAAUCCUGAGCAUUCGGUAGGAUUGUCGUGUAGUGUCCACGGCCUCAAAGGUUCUCCUUGGACAAGGACAAUGUGGGCAAUCUCUAGAUCUCCUUGCGAAGUCUAGAGAUCAAUGAAAUGGGUCGUUGAAUCAUCUUUGGUGGUUGUUGAUGUGACUUAGUCGUUGUAUAUUAAAUCACGUAAAUCUAAAAUUUAUAAAACUCAAAAAUAUGAUUUUUUAGAUAUUUAGAAGUAUUUCUAAACAAAUAUAUCAAUUAUAAUUCAAUCAAACUUCCAAAAAUAGCAGUAGUUUUCCAAGUCGAUCACAAGGAUGUAAUAUAAUAUCUGGUAAUUAUUCAGAAUUUUUCUCAAAGAAUACUAUUUUCUUUGAAUUUUAUACUAAGAAAUGAAAAGGAAAUAUAUUUAAAAUUCACGAAAAAGGGAAAUAAGGGUGAAGACGUCAGGAUGAUGUCAACGCCCCGGCGAAUGCAAAUUGGGUAGAAAUAGAGUUCUGCCUGGCGAUUCUUACGUAAGCAAUUAUAGACGAUUUAAUUGAUCAAAUUAAGAUCUAUAAAAGCCAGAAGAAUCGUAAUAAAAUGAAGUAUAUCUUGGUAAAUUUAAACUCAACAAAUUAUCACUAAAUGAAACAAAAAUUAAGUUGAAUGUAGGAAAAUAGAGUUCCGGCGUCGUGACGGCGAUGCGUCGGUGAUGCACCAGAAUCCUGAGCGUUCGGGAGGAUAGUCGUGCAAUGUCCACGGCCUCGAAGGCUCUCCUUGGACAAGGACGAUGUGGGCAAUCUCUAGAUCUCCUUGUGAAGUCUAGAGAUCAAUGAAAUGGGUCGCUGAAUCGUCUCCGGCGGCUGUGACCUGGUGGAGCGGAAAAACGGCGACUUUGUGGCUCUUCGGUAGUUGUCACCCGACGGAGAGGAGCUGGAUAGAGGUGGGGCGAGUGUCAGGGAGCUUCAUCCUCAGGUUUGCGUAGCAAGAGGAGGCUCUUCAUCGCAUCCGGUAUGCUCUCAGGAGGUGGUGACUCAUUUCCCGGCAUAUUGUCCUCUUCCCGACGACGGCUUGUUCGUCGAUCAAUCGGAGAUACUUUACUCAAUGGAUUCGCGAUCCUUUUAUCGUGAAUCGUUCAACAAUUUUAGUAACAAGGCUCCGCGAAUCACGUUGAUGAGAUUUUUGCCGAUGAUCUAGCGAUUCUGGUUGCUUAAUCCUUCACCGGCGAUCUGCAGGAAAGUCGCGAUAAUCAGAUAAAAAAUAUGAAUUUUGGCUCUAGGAGGAUUUGAACCCGUGCCGGUUGCCCGCCCUUUCUGGGGAAGGUGUGAUGCGAGUUUAGUCCCACAUCACUUGUAUGCCAAAGUUUAUGGCAAAUAUAUAAUAAUAUUACAUUUGCAAUCAAGUCCCUUUCUCACGCGUGUACGACCACUCUUUGCCCCAUAGUCGGUUGGUCACCAGUGAUGUGGAAAGGGAGUGGCACACAUGCACCCUUAUUGGUCCUAGCCGCUCGAGCCCUUGCUCACGGCUCCUCCUUGACUGCACUUCCGACCUGCUUGCGGACCCGGCUAGCUGGCAGGUUCCCCCUAUUUUGCUAUAUUUUUAUUUUUAUUUAUUUUUCUUUAUUUAUUUGAAAAGUAAGACUGUACAAAUUAUAUAAAUUCGUAUACAAUCACAUAAUUACCCAAAAAUUCAUGUUAAUCAACUGAAAACACUUUUCACACUUUAACACAAAUGUAAGUCUAUUUAUCAUGAGUUAAGGCUAAAACUGUAUUAUUUACUAAUUAUUAACUCAUGAUAAUGAAGACUUAUCAACUGUCACUCGAUAGAGCGGAAAAACGGCAACUUUGUGGCUCUCCAACGGUUGUCACCUGAUAGAAAGGAGUUGGAUGGAGGUGGGACAUGUGUCAAGGAGCUUCAUCCUCAGGUCUGCGCAGCAAGAGGAGGCUCUUCAUCUCAUCCGAUACACUCUCAAAAGGUGGCGACUUGUCUUCUAGCGGAUCGUCCUCUUUCCGACGACAGCUUGUUUGUCGAUCAAUCUAAGAUGCUUUACUCGAUGGAUUCACGAUCCUUUUAUCAUGAAUCAUUCAACAAUUUUAGUAACAAUGCUCUGCGAAUCGCAUUGACAAGAUUUUUGUCGAUGAUCCAACGAUUCUAGUAGCUUAAUCUUUCACCGGCGAUCUACAGGAAAGUCGCGAUAAUUAGAUAAAAAAUAUGAGUUUUGGCUCUAGGAAGAUUCAAACCCACACUAGUUGCCUGCCUUUGAAGCCUUUCGGGAGAAGGUGUGAUGCUGGUUUAGUCCCACAUCGCUUAUGCGCUGAAGUUUUGGGCGAAUAAAUAUGAAUAUCACAUUUCGAAGCAAUGAGUCUAUUUCUCCCACGUGUAUGACCACUCCUUGCCCCAUAGCUGGCUGGCCAUCGGUGAUGUGGAAGGGGAGUGGCACACACGUGCCCCCACUAAUCCUAACUACUCGAGCCCCUGCUCACAACUCCUCCUCAACUACACUUCUGACCUACUUGUGGGCUCGGCUAGCAGGUAGGUCGCCUCCCCAUUUUGCUAUAUUUUUAUUUUUAUUUCUAUUUUUUCAUUUAUCUCAAAAAUAAGACUAUAAAAAUCAUAUAAAUAUAUAUAAAAUCACAUAAUUAGCCAAAAAUGAACGUCAAUCAACUGAAAACCACUUUUCACACUUUAACACAAAUAUAAGCUUAUUUAUCAUGAGUUAAGACUAAAACUAUAUUAUUUACUAAUUAUUAACUCAUGAUAAUGAAGACUUAUCAAUAACAAAAGGAUGUGAAAGAAUAAAAGAAUGUAAAAGAAUGUAAAAGAAAUAAAAAAAAUAUAGAUGAAGAAAUACUCAAUUUCCUAGUUGUAUAAUAGUUGUAUAAAAUAUUUCCAAAAAGAUCUCCCAAUAUGAUCUCAAUUGUUUCAAUUUCAGUAUGAGUAAUGUUAACACAAUUUCCUACAUGCAAGCAUGAGAUAAAAUUCCCUCUAUAAAUCAAACUAUCAGCAUGCUUUUACAAUAACAUUCUUGUAGGAAAUGGCCAUGAACUGUAUUAAGCUUGACCUUGGUUGGUAAUCUGUACCUAUGACUGUAAUAUAUGAUUAAAUAUCAUAAGAAAAAGGAAGGAAAAUGGUUCUAAAGCUAUUGAUAUGAUUGAUUACUAAAUGUUUAAAAUUAAAUGAUGAUUCCUUCAAAGAAUAAUGAACAUCUAUACAAGUUAUUAAAAGAAAGUAGAGAGCAUGUAUUUUACAAGUUAAUCUUUGUGGCAUAGUACUUCACAUCCAUACAAGCACUUUGUGGGCUAAAAAUCUUACAACAGAAUGCAUUUCAGCAACUCUACAAUCCCGUAUUUAUUUUAAGAUAUUUUUUAAAAAUUAAAAAAGAUUAAAUCAUUGAUUUCGUAAAAAACUAUAACUGCCUCAUAAUAUGGAAGAAGAUCUAGUGUCAACCAAUAGCAGCAUAUACAUAAAACAAAUGUCUUAUUACCCCCUCCCUCUACUUCAAAAUAUUUAAUAAGAUGUUAUGCCCAAUAAACUCAUGCAACUUAAGACCUAGAAAAUAAGAACAUCAUGCUUCAAUCCAAUUACUCUAUGUAUAUUGCCCUCAUGAGUUCAUAAACUGACUGAAGAAUUAUCAACUCUUUCUCAUGAGAUUUCCAUGUCAUGGCAAGAAAAGAAAGUAUUUCUGCCAGAUUUUUUAAAAUUUUGAACAAUGCCUCUUUUUCAGAUAUUCAAAAACUCAUUCAAGCAAAUGGUAUGCAACAAGAUUGGUUGUUCAUAAUCCACUAUCCAUAGGCACUCGGAAUGUAGGGCAUUAUGGAAACUCACUACUCGCACUGACCCUAAUCCUUGACCAUGUCCUGCAAAUUGAAGCAUUUAAAUAUUAAGAACACUCUACUCAAAAAAAUAAAAGUCUUGCUAGCUUCAGUUCUUCUAGUGAAAGAUUUAGACACCUUGAAAAUUGAGCUACAAUAAAUUUCAUGCCUUCAAGACAUGUUGACAGAAAUUAUAGUCCACUAGCUCUUAACUCCAACCUUUCAAUUUUGACUUAAAAGAGAGAGCUAUGCAAGAGUAUUAGAAAUUAAAUGGAAAAUGUAGGAGCCCCAAGUUGUUAACAUUUUAGGAAUAUUGCUCAACACCUAAGACCAUCUCAGAAACUUUCACACACCUUUGGCCGAACUUUUUAGAGGUUUGUUUUUUGAUACUUCACACACCUUUGAAGGAACUUUCUAGGAGGUCACCCAUCCUAUCACUACUCCUGCCCAAGCUCACUUAACUUUGAAGUUUUUCUACUUACUCCAUAAUGACUGUUAAAGCUAGAUUUUUGUGUUUUAGUUAAUUUUAUUAUUUUAUUUUUAUGUGUUAGCUUAUAGAAUAAGUAUAAAAAUAUAUUAUUAAUUCAGAAGUCUGAAGUUAAAAUAGUUUGGAUAAUUUUUGAUUAUUUAGAAAAAAAUAAAAUAAAAUAUAAAAAUAUCUCUACCCACUAGCAAGUUGGCACUCGACAAUUGACCUAGAAGGGUGCUGCACAUGAGUGGGUAGACCUAGACUUGGGGGAGCCACGAGUUGGGCUCAAGUGGUGAAGGACUUGCUUUGUGCAUGUGUGUCACUUCCUUGCUACAUCUUGGUGGCCAAUCAGUCAUAGAGUAGGAGCAUUGUACAUACAUGUGCAUGCAAAGGCAGACUACCUUUUUACCUUCUCCCAAGAUGGUCUUCGACAUUAUUUUUAUUUUGGAAGAAAGGAUCUUUAUUGAGAAAAUAUUAAGUUCAAGACAUAUAUAUUAAGUUUAGUCAUUUUAAAACUUUCGAUGUAGGACUAAUGUUCUCAUUUAUUUCAAGAUAGCUGUUUUGAGUGCGGGGUGAUCUAGUGGUGCUCAAUUGGCCACGUUAUUAGAUAAGCUAGAUCCUAUAGCAGAUGUACUACCACAAGACCUAAAGCGGUAAAGUAAUCUAUCAACAGUUCAAGAAUUCAACGUCGCUUAGCAUGCAUGUGACCAUAAAUGAUGAUCCGAUGGUGACUGAAGUGCCAUGAUACUAGGGACUUAAGUUCCCAAUCGACAACAAUUCUUGGUGGUUAAUCCGAGGUCACUUAGCACACCACAUAACCAAGCACAUCUGAUCUAGUGGCUCAUGAAGUGCCACGACACCGGAAACUGAAGUUCUUGCACAUAUCCCUAUUAGGGAUAUAAAUAAAAUAAUCAAUUAUUGUUUGGUAAAAUAGAUAUUAUUGUUUAUCUUAAAAAUCCUGACGACAAUUGCGAAUAUAGAAUCUAAUUCUUCUCUCUUUUCAAAAGAUCAGUGCCUCCGACAAUUGGCGAGCUCAUUUCUUCCUCCUCCGACUACACUUAAGGUCUUUAGCGAGUGGUCAGCUCUUUCAUUCUCUCCCUAAAUGAGGAUGACAACAUAGUCAAUCCCUUUUUUUGGCAUCUCUCUCAAGCAAGUGGCAUAGUGCUUUCAAAUGAUAUUUCUGUAACUUUUGACAUGGUGUGACACAUCUAGAUGAAAUCAAGCCACCACAUUGCUAUCUCUAGUUGCUUAAGAGGCAAACUAAACUUGGGCAAUGAUUUCUUUUAUGCUUUCAAUAUUUAUUUUCUUUCUUUUGUCAUUUAUUUAUAUUUUAUGGUAACUUAUUACUAUUUUGUACAUGUUCUAGUAAAAAUGAGUAGAACUUAGUAAAAUCUUGAUGAAUGAUUGUUGUUCAUCUCCUAAAUCUUCUGAAACUCAUCUGAGAUCAAGCUAAGAUUGUGUUGAACUUAUGUUUCAUUAAUUUCUAUAAUUAAAUCUCAAUGUAGUCGUGUUCCCAUUAUUUUAUGAAUAACAAGUAUUUUUAUAUUUUCAAAUGCAAAAUCAACAAGAUUAAUGGCUGAUUAAUGUGCACUGAAUUGUAAAACAAGGUGGAGACAUUCACAACUGAGCUCAUGUCAUGUGUGUGAAUUUUCGAGCACACAUUUGACCAAAAAUCAUGGUAACCAUAAAAACAAGUUGACCAUGUUUCUCUCUUUCUUUAUUACCAUCUUAUUUCUCUCUCUCCCUCUCUCGUGAGACAUCUUAGAAAAUACGUGACUUAGUUGUUGUAUGAUAAAUCAUACAAAUUUAAAAUUUAUAAAACUCGAAAAUACGAAUUUUUGAAUAUUUAGAAGUAUUUCUGAACAAAUAUAUCAAUUAUAAGUCAAUAAAACUUCCAAAAAUAGCAGUAAUUUUUCAAGUCAAUCAUAGGGAUGUAAUAUAAUAUCAGGUAAUUAUAUAGAAUUUUUCUAAAAGAAUAUUAUUUUCUAUGAAUUUUAUACUAGGAAAUGAAAAUAAAAUAUAUUUAAAAUUCAUGAAAAAGAGAAAUACGAGUGCGGACGUCAAGAUGAGGUCAGCGCCCAACGAACGCGAAUCGGACCAAAAUAGAGUUUAGCGUGGUGAUUCUUACAUAAGCGAUUACAGAUGAUUUAAUUGAUCAAAUUAAGAUCUGUAAAAGUCAGAAGAAUUGUAAUUGAAUGAAGAAUAACUUGAUAAAUUUAAAUCACAUAAAUUAUCACUAAAUGAAGUGAAAAUUAAGUUGAAAGCAAGAAAACAAAGUUCCGGUGUCACGGCGGCGAUGCACUAAAAUCUUGAGCAUUCAAGAGGAUCAUUGUGUAGUGUCCACGGCCUCGAAGGCUCUCCUUGGACAAAGACGACGUGGGCAAUCUAUAGAUCUCCUUGUGAAAUCUAGAGAUCAAUAAAAUAGGUCAUUGAAUCGUCUUCAAUGGCUAUCACCUGGUGGAGUAGAAAAACAACAACUUUGCAGCUCUUUGGCGACUGUCACCCGACGGAGAGGAGCUGAAUGGAGGUGGGGCGCGUGUCAGGGAGCUUCAUCAUCAGGUCCACAUAGCAAGAGGAGGUUCUUCAUCACAUCCAGUACGCUCUUAGGAGGUGGCGACUUGUCUCCUGGUGGAUCGUCCUCUUCUCGACGACGGCUUGUUCGUCGAUCAAUUGGAGAUGCUUUACUUGAUAGAUUUACGAUCCUUUUAUCGCAAAUCGUUUAGCAAUUUUAGUAACAAUGCUUCACGAAUUGCGUCGACGAGAUUUUUGCCGAUGAUCUAGUGAUUCUGGUGGCUUAAUCCUUCAUCGGCGAUCUACAGGAAAGUCACGAUAAUCAGAUAAAGAAUAUGAGUUUUGGCUCUAGGAGGAUUCGAACCCACGCCGGUUGCCUGCCCUUUCUGGGGAAGGUGUGACGCGAGUUUAGUCCCACAUCGCUUGUGCGCCAAAGUUUAUGGCAAAUAUAUAGUAAUAUUACAUUUGCAAUCAAGUCCCUUUCUCACGCGUGUAUGACCACUCUUUGCCCUAUAGUCGGCUGGUCACUGGUGACGUGGAAGGGUAGUAGUGCACACACGCCCUUAUCGGUCCUAGCCGUUUGAGCCCUUGCUCACGGCUCUGCCCUGACUAUGCUUCCGACCUACUUGCGGGCCCGACUAGCCGGCGGGUUCCCCCUAUUUUGCUAUAUUUUUAUUUUUAUUUCUUUUUCUUUAUUUAUUUGAAAAGUAAGACUAUAAAAAUCAUAUAAAUUUGUAUAAAAUCACAUAAUUACCCAAAAAUUCACAUUAAUCAGCUGAAAACCACUUUUCACACUUUAAUACAAAUAUAAGUCUAUUUAUCAUGAUUUAAGGCUAAAACUAUAUUAUUUACUAAUUAUUAACUCAUGAUAAUUAAGACUUAUCAGUCAUUUCCACCUUGUGGCUUGCAUUAAGAAUAAGAAAGAAACACUGUAGUAUACCAUAUAUAGGGAAAUAAAGUGGUGAGUAAAAUAAGAUGUUUCUCUUUGAGGACUAUGUAGCCGAUUUUCAUCUGUCAUUGAUUACCUAAAUGGCAACUGACACUAUAGACUGAUUUUCAUCAAAUUUUCCUCUCUUUUUACCCUUUUUUUGAAUUAUAUUAAUUAUGAAGUAUACAUGUGUCACUGUUGACUUGUUUGCCCAUUCUAGGGUUCCUCUUCUUACAAUUGGACUAGAUCCAAUCAAUCUUGGUCUAUGAAGACUUUUGGGUCUGUUGGAGCUUUUCCUACCCCCCUUUGUUUCUCUAAGUCACUUUAAUCUCUGAAUCUUUUCUUCGAGGUAGGUAUUUUGAGUAGAAGGGUAGCAUUUUCCUGACGGAUUGUUUCUCCCCUUUCCCCCUUGUUCACCCCUUUUUAUCAUUUUCUUCCUUUGUUUUCCUUUUUUUUCUCCUCCCCCCCCUUUUUUUUAAGGGGGAAGAGGGGGGAAAACAUUACUGACUUUUGGUGCUUUCACUAUUUCUUUUUUUAUUUUUUAUUUUCCUUUCCUUGUGUACUUCAAUUCUUUGACUUCACUAGACCUUCAUGGUUAAUUGGGUAGGCUCCUUUUGGUAAUUACUUCAUCCUGCCUAAUUUGGAUCAAGCCUUUUCUAUCUUGUGCAUGUGGUAUAUGGCAUGCCCAAUGCUCCAAAUUGUAUAUGCCUCUCCCUUCCCAAGGUAGGUCCUGCAUACAUUUGUACAUUUUCUCCUCUUUCUAUCAUAAACUCACAUUAGCAAGAUAGUCAACUAGUUGGUUACUUAUGUGAAAAUAUGUCUAUGUGAUUCUAUCUCUUUCUAUAUCCUUUUUAAUUUCCAUUGUUUAUAUUCCUGUUUCUCAAACAUAUUCACAAGUGUCAUUAUGUUUCAACUACAAUGUUAAACAUGUUUAAUUUUUCAGAUAAUCUUAAUCCAUCGGCUAGUGCUUUACAUUCUGCUUCCAUAUUAGUUAGUAUUUCAUAUUGUGUUAAGAAUACUACUAUGAGAAUACUACUAUUAAUUUACCGUAGUGAUCUCGAAUUACUCCUCCUUUCAAUUUCCCAAGGUUCCCUUUUGAUGUCCCAUCAAUAUUCAGCUUCAUUUCACCCUCUAGAGGGUGAACAUAUUUGAUGAUAUUUAUUAUCUAAUCGUAUUUUACAUUUUCAGUCUCCACUUCCCAUCUUUGUAGAAUUAGUUUUUGUUUGCAAAUAAUUCAGUUUUUGUGUUCACUUCUCCUUAGAUUUUUCAUCCACAUUUUACAUUUGUGCAUGAUAAGGGGAAUGGUGAUUUUGUCUCCAUUCAUUUGUACUUUAUUCCUUCCUAUCCAUAGUUCUCAUAGUAAGCAUGAGAUAUGUAUCCUGCACAUUAUUUCUAUUGUUCUCUCUCUUGUUCUUAUAUCUUAAAGCAUUAUGUGCUCGAAGUAGUUUCUAUAGUUGGUACCACUAAGUUCUCCAUUCAUAGUUAAUGGCCAUAUGCAUAGAUCUUUAUCUGAGUUUGUGUAGUGGACUGUUGUGUCAAUUUUUUUUAUGAGGUUCAUAUUCAUUCCUGCCGUGUAUAGGAUUUCUUGCUAGUUUCUCUCUAUUAAUUGGGAUACAAUCAUUUUUGGUUUGUUGGUAUUAAUCAUUUUUGCUAGUAAGAUGCAUAUUUUCUAGGAAUUGCCUUAGUCUUUUUAUGGACUUUCUUUUGGUAUUAGUAAAAGAUUAUUGAAUCAUCUGUGAAUAAUGCAUGUGAAAUUAGUGGGUAGUUUCUCAUUGUCACAAUUUUUUUAAUCCUAGCUUUUUGAAAUAAUUCUAUUAACCCUCUACUCAUUACUUCCUCAACUAUUUUGGAUAGGGCAGGGGAUAGUGGAUCACCUUGUCUCAGUCCUCUACUAGUAGUAAAAAAAGGUGAAGUUUUACCAUUAGUUAGGAGAAAAAAAUGAUUGUUCUCUAUGCAGACUUUAAUCCAUUCUAUCUGUUUUUUACUAAAUCUAAAUCUUUGUAAUACUUCUAUGAUGAAUCAUCAUUCAAUUUUGUCAUAUGCUUUGGCCAUGUCUACUUUUAAUAUGGUGUUACCUCUUGUGUUCUCUUUGUUGAUGAAUUAGGUCAUUCUUGAACUAGUGCAAUAUUUUCGUUGAUUGAUCUUCUUUCCACAAAGGCUUUUUAUUCGGGUGAUAUGAUUUUGGAUAAGAUUUUUCUGAGUCUUUUGCAUAUUAUUUUAGGUAUAAUUUCAUAGCACACAUUGCAUAAACUAAUUGGUCUAAAUUCAGGGAAGUUUUUUGAUGUUUCAUGUUUGGGAAUGUGUUAGAAAUGUGGCUUUCCAUGAUCGUGGGAGGAAGUUUGAUAACAUAAAUUCUUUGAUUACUUGACAUACAUCUUCACUUACUAUAUCCCAACAUGUAGUAUAAAACAACUCCCAUUUCAUCUGGCCUUGGGACACUAUCCUUCCUCAUGUCAAAUAUCAUUUCUCUUAUUUCCCUAUCAUCUGACAUUUUACAUAAUGCUUCAUUGUCUUCCUCAUUUAUUCAUUUGGGGAUUACUUCAAAAAGUUUAUGAUCAUAAUUUUGUAUUUCUAUUUGUAGUAAAUUUGAUAGUAAAUUAUCCCUUCUCUCUAUAUGUUGUUCCAAUUGACGUUGGCUUCUUUUAGUAUUUGUCUAAUGAGUUGUUGUCCUUUUUGAUUUUUGUGUUGGCUUGAAAAAAAUUAAUAUUUCUCUUGCCCUCUCUUAGCUAGUGGAUUAAUAAGUCUUCAUUAUCAUGAGUUAAUAAUUAGUAAAUAAUAUAGUUUUAGCCUUAACUCAUGAUAAAUAGACUUAUAUUUAUGUUAAAGUGUGAAAAGUAGUUUUUAGUUGAUUAACAUGAACUAUUGGCUAAUUAUGUGAUUUUAUAUGAAUUUAUAUGAUUUUUAUAGUCUUUCUUUUAAGAUAAAUGAACAAAAAGAAAUUAAAAUAACAAUAUAACAAAAUGGGGGGGGGGGCCCACCGGCUAGCCGGGCCCGCAAGCGGGUUGGAAGCGCAGUCGGGGAGGAGCCACGAGUAGGGGCUCAAGUGGCUAAGACCGAUGGGGACGUGUGUGCACCACUCCCCUUCCACGUCACUAGUGGCCAGCCGGCUGUGGGGCAAAGUGUGGUCGUACACGCGGGAGAAAGAGACUUACUUGUAAAUGUAAUAUUACUAUAUAUUCACCCGAAACUUCAAUGCACAAACGAUGUGAGACUAAACCCGCAUCACACCUUCCCCAUAAAGGGUUUAAAGAUUUUCAUACCUAAAAGACCCCUUAUUUAUAAUAGAGAUAUACCAUGAUGAUGUCAUUUUAUAAGAGCAUUAGAAUACUUAUGUCAAUCUCUCUCAUGUAGGGGGGCAAUCGGCGUGCAUUCGAAUCCUCCAAAACUCAUAUUUUUUACCUAAUUAUCACGAUUUUUCUGCAGAUUGCCGAUGAAUGAUUGAGCUAUUAGAAUCACUAGAUCAUCGGCAAAAAUCUCGUCAAUGCAAUUCGUAAAGUAUUGUUACUAAAAUUACUAAAUAAUUCACGAUAAAAGGAUCGUGAAUCCAUUGAGUAAAGCAUCUCCGAUUGAUCGACGAACAAGUAGUUGUAGGGAAAAGGAUGAUUUACCGGGAGACGAGUUGCCACCUCCUGAGAGCAUACCGGAUGUGAUGAAGAGCCUCCUCUUGUUGCGCGGACCUGAAGAUGAAGCUCGCUGACAUGCGCCCCACCUCCAUCCAGCUCCUCUCCGUCGGGUGACAGCUGUUAGAGAGCCACAAAGUCGCCAUUUUUCUGCUCCACCAGGUGACAGCCGCCGAAGAUGAUUCGACGACUCAUUUCAUUGAUCUCUAGACUUUGUAAGGAGAUCUAGAGAUUGCCCAUGUCGUCCUUGUCUAAGGAGACCCUUCGAGGCUAUGGACACUGCACGACGAUCGUCCCGAACGCUCAAGAUUCCGGUGCAUUGCCGACGCAUUGUUGCCGCAAUGCCGGAACUCUGUUUUUCUACUUUCAACUUAAUUUUCGCUUCAUUUAGUGAUAAUUUAUGUGAUUUAAAUUUACCAAGCUAUACUUCAUUCAAUUAAGAUUUCGGCUUUUACAAAUCUUAAUUUGAUCAAUUAAAUCGUUUGUAAUCACUUACGUAAGAAUCACCAAGCAAAACUCUAUUUUCGCCCGAUUCGCGUUCGUUAGGGCGCUGACAUCAUCCUGACGUCCGCACCCUUAUUUCCCUUUUUCGUAAAUUUUAAAUAUAUUUUAUUUUCAUUUUCUAGUGUAAAAUUCAUAGAAAACAGUAUUCUUUGAGAGAAAUUCUGAAUAAUUACUUAAUAUUAUAAUACAUCCCCAUGAUCAACCUAAAAAAUUACCACUAUUUUUGGAAGUUGUAUCGAAUUAUAAUUGAUAUAUUUGUUCAGAAAUACUUCUAAAUAUUUAAAAAUUUAUAUUUUCUAGUUUUAUAAAUUUUAAAUUUACGUGAUUUACUAUACAACAACUAAGUCACAUCAAAUUUUGGUGCCGUUGUUGGGGAUGUAUUACAUAAUAUUUAGUAUUUUUCGUUUCACUCUUAGAGUACACAAAAAAAAAAUAUUAACUCUUAUUUAAUUUUCUUCUUGCCGAAUUUUUUUUAAAAUAAAAAAGGAACGAAGAGAAGCAAGGCAAGGACUGGAGCAUACUAAAGGAGGGUAACAAUUACUAAACUUUUUUCUCAAAUUUAUUGAUUUUUUAUGCAUGGUAGAAGAUCCUUGCAUCCAAGGCUAGAAAAUCCUUUCAUUAUUUCAUUCAAAAGUAAAAAUGCGAAAGAAAAAUUAAUUUUGAUCGAUCUUGAAGGAAGUACAGGUCAAACUGAGAACAAUCCUAUGGCCAUGAAAAAUCAUUAUAUCCUUGAUUUAUUUCAAAGAGCAUCCAAUAUUAGAGUCCCAUUAGCACCCACUAUUAAAUUCGAAAUAAAUUUAAGAAUUUUUUAAAUGCUCCCUAAUUUUUAUGAAUUACCUUCAGAGGAACCUUAUCAGCACUUAGAAAAAUUAAAUAUGGUCUGUGAUUUAGUUAAUCUCUCUUAAGUUACACAAAAAAUUAUUAAGAUGAAAUUAUUUCCUCAUACACUUAGGGAUAAAGCUAGCCAUUGGCUAUCCACAAUAGAUAGAGAAUUAACUAGUUGGAAAGAUAUAGAACAUGCCUUUCUUCAAAAAAAUUAUUCCUUAAGAAAAACUCAAAAUAUGAGAAAACAUAUAUGGAGUUUUUCUCAAAGACCAGGGUAUAAGACAGAAAAAAUUCAAAGAUUUACUUAGAAAGUAUCCUCAUCAUAUUAUACCCAAGUGGCAGCUCAAUAGAAUUUUUUAUGAUGGAUUAUUAGAACAACAUAGAAAUAUGGUUGAUUCUAUAUGUGGAGGAGCUUUUAUGGAGAAAACCCUUGAUGAGAUUUAUAGUCUUUAUGAUAAUUCUAAAGAUCAAGCCUCUUUUGAAUUAUAUGAUAGGGAUAAGAAGAGAGAAAUUUAUGAAUUGCAUCAUGAUGAUGAUUUUAAUUUAAGAAAUGAAGUUAAUCAGAUUAAUCAAAGAUUAGAAAAACUUGAUUUACUUAUUGAGAAUAUUAGAAAGCCUACUAACAUUCAAUUGAAUGUAUAUAGUGCAUGUCCUAUGUAUGGUGAAAAUGAUAAAUUUCAAUAUUAUAAUUUAGAUCAAUCAUUUCAUCCUAGGCAAGAGCAAGUCCAAGUAACUCACGAUUUUAGUAAAAAUAAAGAAUAUUUUUCUAAUUCUUAUAAUCUUAAUUGGGGGAAUAAUUUUUCAUGAAGAAACCCAAAUAAUAUUCAAAAUCCAAAAGCAUUUAGAUCCAAUUCAAAUUUUGAAUUUCGUCCAAAAUGGGAACACAGAUUUCAGAAAAAUCAGUCCUCUCAAAUCCAACCUAAUGCUAUGGAAAUGAUGCAGCCAAUGAGCCAAAUGAUACAACAAACUAUGAAUCAAAUGAUUUUGCACUAGAAACAAAUUAUAGAGGCUUUUGAGAAUAGUUGAGAAGAGGGACAACCACCUAGUUAGCCCAUAAAAAAUUCAGAAAAUUGUCAAAGAGUAGGAUUUUAGCAAGGAGAAUUUAGCUGGAUAAAUUUAGAAAAAAACCCACGAAAUGAAAAUAUUAGGACAAUGAAUAUAUUGAGUGAGAAUAUUUUACUUGAUCCUUAUUUCUAAUUAUUAGAAGAAAUCGAUGGGCCAUUAGAAGUAAAUGAGAAUAUUAAGGCUGAAAAUAUAGUAGCAGAACAUUUGAAUAAAAUCAUUUAUUGCUCACAAUUAAUGAAUGAAUACAGUGAGGAUGAUGAGGAGAAAAAACCCUUAGAUGAGGAAACAACAGCUGAUCAUGGAAAAAUCAUCUAAAUUUUAGUAGAAGGGAGUAAGGACAGAAAUAAAGAAAAAUAUAUUUAAGGUGAGGAAAAAUCAGUAUAAUUAGGAGAUGUAGGAGAUGAAAUUAAUAAAUCUAAUCAUAAUUUUGAAGCCAUAGAUGUUGAUAGUGAGAAUGAUGAUGUAUAUCAUAUACUGAAAUUAGAAGAUAGCUCUUGGGAAGAUGAAGAAUUUGAUGAAUUAAGAAACGAAAAGUUAGAAAAAGAGUUGAUUCAACUAAUCGGGAGAAAUGAAAAGAAUGAAUAUGAAUAUUGACAUGACUUAGUCGUUGUAUAUUAAAUCAUGCAAAUAUAAAAUUUAUAAAACUAGAAAAUAUGAUUUUUCAGAUAUUUAGAAGUAUUUUUGAACAAAUAUAUCAAUUAUAAUUCAAUAAAACUUUCAAAACAUAGCAUCAAUUUUCCAAGUUGAUCAUAGGGAUGUAAUAUAAUAUCUGAUAAUUAUUCAGAAUUUUCCUCAAAUAAUACUAUUUUCUAUAAAUUUUAUACUAAGAAAUGAAAAGGAAAUAUAUUUAAAAUUUACGAAAAAGAGAAAUAAGGGUGCGGACGUCAGGAUGACGUCAGCACCCGGCAAAUGCGAAUUGGGCGAAAACAAAGUUCCGCCUGGUGAUUCUUACGUAAGCGAUUAUAAAUGAUUUAAUUGAUCAAAUUAAGAUCUGUAAAACCGGAAGAAUCAUAAGUGAACAAAGUAUAUUUUGGUAAAUUCAAAUCACAAAAAUUAUUACUAAAUAAAACGUAAAGUAAGUUGAAAGCAGGAAAACAGAGUUCCGGUGUCGCGGCAACGAUGCGUCGGCGAUGCACCGAAAUCUUGAGCAUUUGGGAGGAUAGUCGUGUAGUGUCUAUGGCCUUGAAGGCUCUUUGUAGACAAGGACAAUGUGGGCAAUCUCUAGAUUUCCUUGUGAAGUCUUGAGAUUAAUGAAAUGGGUCGUCGAGUUGUCUCCGGCUGCUGUCACCUAGCGGAGCGGAAAAACGGUGACUUUACGGCUCUUUGGCAGCUGUCACCCGACGAAGAUGAGCUGGAUGGAGGUGGGGCGCGUGUCAGGGAGCUUCAUCCUCAGGUCCACGUAGCAAGAGGAGGCUCUUCAUCGCAUCUGGUAUGCUCUUAGAAGGUGGCGACUUGUCUCCCGACGGAUCGUCCUCUUCUCGACGACGGCUUGUUUGUCGAUCAAUCGGAGAUGAUUUACUUGAUGGAUUCACAAUCCUUUUAUCGCGAAUCCUUCAGCAAUUUGAGUAACAAUGCUCCGCGAAACGUGUUGACGAGAUUUUCGCCGAUGAUCCAGCAAUUUUGGUUGCUUAAUCCUUCACCGUCGAUCUACAAGAAAGUCGUGAUAAUUAGAUAAAAAUAUGAGUUUUGGCUCUGGGAGGAUUUGAACCCGUGCCGGUUUCCCCCGCCUCUUCUGAGGAAGGUGACGGGUUUAGUCCCACAUCAGUUGUGCGCCAAAUUUUUUGGCGAAUAUAUAGUAAUGUUACAUUUCUAAUCAAGCGUGCGUGUACGACCACUCUUUGCCCCACAGCUGGCUGACCACUAGUGAUGUGGAAGGGGAGUGGCGCACACAUGCCUCCAUCGGUUCAAGCCACUCGAGCCCCUGCUCGCGGCUACUUCCCGACUACGCUUCCGACCCGCUUGCGGGCCUAGCUGGCCGGCGGGUCCCCCCAUUUUGCAAUAUUUUUAUUUUAAUUUCUUUUCCUUUAUUUAUCUCAAAGUAA